AUGAUUAUAGUGGUAGAGGAGGUAAAAAACGAAUUAGUUUUUACCAAGGAGUCUAUUAACAAGUUUGAAAUGUCGCAUGUUACAACGUUAAACGCAACCACAUCCACCCAAUAUAUGGUGAAAUUACAGGACGAAAUCAUGCGAUAUAGAAAUGAUCUCAUAAGAUUCAAAAAACAAAAAGUGGAAAAAGUGGAAAAAGUGAAUUUCGACUAUACCCACCAUCAGGUAUACCAUUGGAUUAGUGGAGAAAGACGUAGACUACCAUUCCAACGUAACAGACAACGAACACGCAAGCCUCAAUUCUUAUCCAUUGACACGAGCUCAGCAGACUCCACUUCGGAAACAGACACCAGAACUACCUCAAGCCAAGGAGGGCUCAUCAGAGAUACACAACAAACCCAAUCAUCAACUUUUUUAGGGCUGGAACGACACACAAACGAUCCCCCUGGCAAAUAUCAACGCACAAGGAGAG